CACCUCUGUAUAAGUAUUCAUUCAAAUUGCAAAACACACAGUCACACAUACACUCUAUCAUUAUAAUAUUAAUAAAAUAAAAAUAUCGAUACUGAAAAGGCUUCUUUUUUUUCUACUGAACUUUCUUCCGACUUCGUCUCCUACAAUCUCUCCGUCUCUCAAUUUCUACGCUUUCAACCGCAAUCUUGCAUCAUCUAUAUGGUGGUUUGAUCAGGGGUUUUGUUUUAUUGAGUUGAGGAAUUGAAUUUGAUUGACGAAAUGAGAGUAAAGGAGAUGCAUCCGUUGUGUUGUAUAACACUGGAAAGUCCGUCGAUCGGGGACCAGUCGCCGGAACCGAGGAUGAAGUUGUCAAGGUCGUGUUCGGUGGCGGACAUGAGAUCCGAUGGCAAUGCCGUUGGAUUGAGGAGGUCUGGAUCUGAAUCCUGUUCUGGCAGCACAAGCUUCGCCGGAGUCUUAUACAAAUGGACAAACUACGGCAAAGGAUGGAGAUCGAGAUGGUUUUUGUUACGCAACGGCGUAAUUUCCUACUCGAAGAUCCUCCAACCAGAAACCCUCGCUGCCGGAGAAGACGUUAGGUUCAUCGGCGACGUGUCCUCCGGAAGACUUAAACGUCUCGAUAGAAGCGGUAGUAGCAGGCAUCAGAAAGCUGUUGGAAUCGUUCACCUCAAGAGUUUUCCUUGUCUUACAAGUCCCACUUCCUUUAGAUCUUGUCUUUUGGUUUCAUCAUUUCGAGAGAGCAGAUCAGAUGAUAGGCGAUUUUAUAUAUUCACAGCUACAAAGACACUUCAUCUCCGGACAAAUUCAAAGAAAGACAGAGUUGCCUGGAUUGAAUCUUUAGCCUCAACCAGAAAUCUAUUCACCCUACGAAGAUUAAAUUCUAAACCCUCCAUCCUACCUCCUGACCUAUCAUUGUCAACUGAAAGAUUAAAGAAACGCUUGCUUGAAGAAGGAAUCAGUGAGGUGCUGAUCAAAGACUGUGAGCAGAUCAUGCUCUUGGAAUUCUCUGAAAUCAAAGGACAAGUUCAACUUCUUUGUGAAGAGCGUUCAAAUCUGCUCGACACCUUAAGGCAGUUGGAGGCUGCUAAUAUUGAAGGUGAAACAUCUGGAGUUCCUGAAGGUGACUAUCAAUUGACACAACAGGAAUUUACAGAUCGUGGAAAAUACAGUGAAUGGAGUACAACCGAAUCAUCACAAGAACUAGAGGAUCAGGGUUCAGAAGAUGAGGAGACUUGCUUCUUUGACACAAAAGAUUGUUUUAGUUUUCCUAGAGCUACUGAUGUAAUGGGUGAAGUGGUUAUCGAGAGGAGAAAGAAGCUUCCGGAUCCUUGUGAGAAAGAAAAGGGUGUGAGUCUGUGGUCAUUGAUUAAAGACAACGUUGGAAAGGAUCUGACACGUGUCUGUCUCCCUGUUUAUUUCAAUGAGCCAAUUUCAUCUCUACAAAAAUGCUUUGAGGAUCUGGAGUACUCCUACCUUCUAGAUCGUGCUUAUGAACAUGGAAACAGUCUUGAAAGAGUUUUAAAUGUUGCUGCUUUUGCUGUUUCUGGAUACGCUUCUUCAGAAGGACGACAUUGUAAACCUUUCAACCCUUUGUUAGGGGAAACUUAUGAGGCUGAUUACCCUGAGAAAGGAGUCCGAUUCUUUUCUGAAAAGGUGAGUCAUCAUCCUACUCUCAUAGCUUGUCAUUCUCAAGGCAGAGGCUGGAAGUUUUGGGGGGACAGCAACAUCAGAACUAAAUUUUGGGGGAGAUCAAUUCAACUUGAUCCUGUUGGCGUUCUUACCUUAGAAUUUGAUGAUGGUGAGGUUUUCCAGUGGAGCAAGGUUACAACCAGCAUUUAUAAUCUUAUUUUGGGUAAAGUAUACUGUGAUCAUCAUGGAUUGAUGCAUAUCCGUGGUAAUAGAGAAUAUUCAUGCAAGCUCAAGUUCAAAGAACAGUCGAUUCUUGAAAGAAAUCCACGCCAGGUACAUGGGUUUGUUGAAGAUGCUAAUGGAAAAAAACUCGCAACAUUAUUUGGGAAAUGGGACGACAGCAUGUACUACAUAAAUGGAAUUACAAAUGCGAAACCAAAGGAUAUGAGUGAUGCACAUCUGUUGUGGCGAAGGACACUUCCUCCUGUUAAUCUCACUCGAUACAAUCUAACAUCUUUUGCCAUCACAUUGAACGAGUUAACCCCAGGACUACAGGAGAAGCUUCCACCUACGGAUUCACGACUCAGGCCAGACCAACGACACCUUGAGAAUGGUGAAUAUGACAUGGCAAAUUCAGAAAAGCUCCGUCUUGAGACCAGACAGAGAAUGUCACGAAAACUACAAGAAAAUGGAUGGAAACCACGAUGGUUUAAAAAAGAGGGUGAAGACGGGACGUAUCGGUAUGUAGUAAUGAUUCCAUCAACAUAUCCUGAUUUAUCCAAAGGGAGAAAGGGAGGAGGUACAAAAAUCCAUAUGUAUGUAUGUAUGUAUAAAACCCAAUUCUUCAAGAUUCUUAGUGGUUACUUAAAGAAAAAAGAUAUAGAUAACAACAAUCUUCGGGUGGGUGGCGUAACGUUGGCACUUGGCACUAAAACUAGCUAGCUAGCUACUUAAUUUAGAUGUGUAUCUUUCGGGUUAUAUAUAUAUUUAGAUGUGUAUCUUUCGGGUUAUAUAUACAUAUAUAUAUAUUUAUUGGAUAGACAUUAUUCAUUCAUUGCCUACAAC